AUGGGAGUCCAGGAAAAUGUUAACUCCGCCAACAGACUCAUAAUACUACAUGCAGGGACCUCGAACGAUUUCAUUCCAGAGGCCAAACUUGUCUACAAGGCUGGCGGUGCAACAGGUGAUUACCACGGUCAGAUGAACGGUCAUAACUUUCAGAAAUGGCUGACGGAAAAAUUAGUUCCUCAUGUUCCUCCACAGUCCGUCAUGGUUCUAGACAGUGCCCCAUACCACUGUGUCCAAAUAGACAAGCCACCAACACCUUACUCACUAAAGAAGGAUAUGAUAUCGUGGCUACGUCACAAGGGUGAUGAGAGUAUGUGGAAGAAUGACCUCUACAAUCAAAUACUUUCCCUAAAACCGAAAGAGAAAGCGUUCAAGAUCGAUUCCAUUCUGUCCGGACAUGGGCAUUCUGUGAUCCGUUUGCCGCCGUAUAUGUCUGAUCUCAAUCCGAUCGAGCUCGCAUGGGCGAAAAUAAAACUNCAAAAUUACUGGAAGUAA